CCUUAGAAAAAUAAUACUAAGGAGCGCACAGCCCGUCCGUCCCUGCACAGUGCUAGAAAAAUAUGAUCCCGAGAAGAGCAACUCAAGCGCUUCAACACUUAAGACAACAAUUUCACUGCGAAUAAUUCCAAUUAAAAUCACAGACCAUCGCUGAGUCUGGUCUUUGUUGAACUAUUUUUUAUCUCUCCAUUCCUUUCUCUCUCUCUUUUUAAUUCUCUCUGCGCUGGAUCUUUCGAGCCAGGAGAUGUGUGUGGAGAGCGAUGGGUGCGAGAUUGAAGGCUGCGGCAGCCUGGAUGAGGUGCGCACGCUGUCGGGCAGCAUGAGCCCCGCGCUGAAAUCCAACCCGGACCUCCACCCGUGCAAGCCGGGGCAAAAAUUCCGCGCCGCGCUGCUCAGAUGCCACUCACCGGCUGCUGCCGCCGGGAUCCUCAGCUUUGGGAACGUCCUCAAUUACAUGGAUAGAUACACUGUAGUCGGUGUUCUGCUUGACAUCCAGCGGCACUACGGAGUAACAGACAGUGGAAUCGGCUUGUUGCAAACAGUCUUCAUCUGCAGCUUCAUGGUGGCGGCUCCCAUCUUCGGUUACCUGGGCGACCGCUUCAACAGAAAGGUCAUCCUGAGCUGUGGCAUUUUCUUCUGGUCCAUUGUUACUCUGUCGAGCUCCUUCAUCAGUAAAGAGUACUACUGGCUGUUUGUGCUUUCCAGGGGACUGGUGGGUAUUGGAGAGUCCAGCUACUCCUCCAUCUCUCCCACUAUCAUCGGAGACCUGUUCACGAGCAACAGCCGCACCAUGAUGCUCUCUGUCUUCUACCUGGCCAUCCCCCUGGGAAGUGGGUUGGGCUACAUCCUGGGCUCCAGUGCCAAGGUAGCUGCAGGUGACUGGCACUGGGCACUGAGGGUGUCCCCAGUUUUAGGGAUCAUCGCGGGAUCCCUGAUCCUGGUCUUCGUGCCUGAGCCGAAGAGAGGCAGCAUCAAGACCCGUACGUCCUGGCUCUGUGACAUGAAGGCGCUCGCUAAGAAUCGGAGCUACGUGUUCUCUUCCCUGGCAUCCUCGGCGGUGUCUUUUGCCACUGGUGCGUUUGGUGUGUGGAUCCCUCUGUACCUGGCCAGAGCCCAGGUGGUGCAGAAGACGGCAGAGGUCUGCACAAAAGCGAUCUGCAGUAGCACAGACAGCCUAAUCUUCGGGGCGAUCACCUGUGUGACGGGUCUGUUAGGCGUGGUCAUCGGGGCGGCCACCACACGCCUGUGUCGCCAGAAGACAGAGCGAGCCGACCCACUCGUAUGCGCUGUCAGCAUGCUGGGCUCGGCCAUCUUCAUCUGCCUCAUCUUCGUGGUGGCCAAAAAGAGCAUCGUAGGAGCCUAUGUUUGCAUCUUUAUAGGAGAGACGCUGCUUUUCCUGAACUGGGCCAUAACAGCGGACAUUUUAAUGUUCGUCGUCAUCCCCACGAGGAGAGCAACGGCGGUCGCCUUUCAGAGCUUCACCUCUCAUCUUUUGGGUGACGCAGGAAGUCCGUACCUGAUAGGCCUGAUCUCCGAUGGCCUUCAGCAGAGCUACGCUACAUCAGCGCUGUGGCGGUUCCUGAGUCUGGGCUAUGCCCUCAUGCUCUGUCCCUUUAUCAUCGUCCUGGGGGGCAUGUUUUUCCUGGCCACUGCGCUGUUUUUCCUGGAUGACAGGGAGAAGGCCGAGAAACAGUUGAACCAGAUGACACGACCACCCUCCUCAGUCAAGGUAUGACCAGGUGACAACCACAUGAGGAGCAACUAAGGAUGGCGAAAUGGAGAUAAAGCGAGGGCAGCUGAUCCACUCCUUUAAAACCACGUCCAUGUUGUCUUCACUGCCGUCACCGCCACGAUCAACCUCCUCCUCCUCCUCCUCCUCCUCCUCCUCCUCCUCCUCCUCUUGGCUCCUGCUGCUCUUCCUUUCUACACACUUGUGGAGGCUGCUCAGAAUUAGAACGAGGGAGCGUCUUGCCCCUCCUUGAAACGCCUCUAAAUCACAGGUCGGUGAGACGGCACACAGCGCUGCGCUGAAGCCGACAGCUGGUGUCCUCCUCACCUCUGUCUGCGAGGAUCCACUGAACCUUCCAGGGAGGAGGUGGGGUGGCGAAAUCCCCACGUGACCCCGCCGACUCCUGAUGCCAUACUACUGAAUGCUGACCAUGAACCUGCCCUGUCUGUCUCUAUCUGUCUGUCUUUCUGUCUAUCUGUCUGUUAUAUCGGCUGUCAAUCUGCACCAAGUGCCAUAGCGUCAUUACAUUCCUUCAGACUUUGCACUGACCACCAACAACACUCAUAACUUCGUCACUGACUAUGUUUACAUGCACACUAUAAUUCAGUUAUUGGCUAUGAAAGGAGUUUGAUUAAGCUGUUUGUAUUUGCCAGACAUUAGAACCAGCAGCAUGUGUAAACUGCAGUCAUAAAGCUCCAAUGGUAUUUCUGUUGCUCCCGUGCAAAUAUUCACAAUUCAUUCUGCCGUGGCUCUCAUCAGCCUAAGACUGUAAACAGACAGAAGCUGUAAAAUUCAAGUUAUGUCAAGAAAAUGAUCCAUCAUGUUAAAAGUUGCUGCAGGAAUAUAAUUCUCAAAGUGUUGUGCAUCUGUUCAAACAAGCUCCAAUAAUCAGAUUAUUUUGCACAUCUUAAUAGCAGUAUUAACAACAUGAACUUUAAAUGUCAAUACAGUGUUUACAUGAUUAACGCAGUAUUAUCAUAAUCGAUCCAAGUUUAGUUGUGCAUGUAAACAUAGCCAUCAAACCAAGAGCCAAAAACUGUCUAAAGGUCAGUGAAUCAGCCUUAAAUAUUGGAGCUUUCCCAUCAACAGCUGUUUCUUUUUGACCCCCACAUGUGUUUUUAUUUUUAGCUUUUAGCACUUACAUCAGCAUAGACAGUGCCAGAGAACAUGACAGAGAUGAGAUAUUUCUGCACAUUAUUUUUCACAAGUUUUCUUGUGAUUUCUUUUUUAAUUCUUUUUCUUUCUGUGUGAUGUUGGAUUUGAAACUGGAGGUUACUGCCUAUGAUUGUUUCAGAAGGACGAUGAUGCAAUCAGGGCGAUUUAAAGUGGACACUGGACUCGAUAUUUUAUAAUAUAUAAUGUACAUGCUUUUCCCAAAAGUAAAUGAAAUGCUACUCUUUUGACUUUUAAGGAGUACCACCUGUGUUUUUAGUGUACAUGAGAAGCAAUACAAACAUUUUUAGAGGAAACCAACCUUUAUAUCCACACUGCCUUAUCAGUGAGCUCGGUUUUCCCUUUAAAGGGAUUAGCUCUCUGAUGGUUGGUUUUGAAUUUCUGGACACAUCACCCACACAGAGACGGAGUAGCUUUUAAUGAUGGAUUCCAGUCCAGUCUACGCUGGUUACAAUACCAGGCAUUGUGUAAAGAGACCUUUCCCACUCGCAAUUGUAGAUAUCCCAUUCCACGAUAAGAAGAAAGGACCUUUAAGUAGAGCUGGAGCCACGGUCAUCAGUUUAUUACUAAGAGACAUCAAAAUCCCAGACAGGAACAGGAAAUCGUUCAGCCCCAGGUUAGACUGAUGGCGAGCUCUUAUUGUAGAUAACAGAUAAGAGAGGAAUCCCCAAUUUGAAAUCAGACCAGUAGGUCCUCAGAUGUCACUGCAGGAUCUGAAGAAGAACUCCCAACUCGUCAAAUAAAGCAGCUUUGUCAGGACGUCUUGCUGUCACUUUUAAACACACUGUGUAACCUUUAGCAUAAAUAUGCAGGGUAGUCCGAUAGUCUACGUCACGUCAAGUUACGGUAGUUUACUAUGUAUAUUAAGUAACUACUUGGUUAAGGGAACUAAACCCUUAAAAUUAUGAUUUGGAUUCAAAUAAGUAAGUUUGUUACAUAACUUAAGUUACGUAUGUAAGUUGAAUACAUUGUGUACGUUACAUCAGUUAAGUACGAUACUUUAGUUAAAAUAAGUCAACCUUUGUUUGACUCAUCCAUCCACUCCGACCUCCGCCAUACCCGGACCUUAUCGCUCGUUAUACUUAAUCCUUUAUUCCCGUCAUAAUUACUGCAGCCACUAGAGGCAACCCUGCACUGAGCAAAAUUGACACUAGAGGGGUACAUGGAGCGUCACAGUUUGACGCAUAGGACCACUGACCAAGCUGCCGUAUUUGACGAGUAUGGAGAGAGAACGCCGUGCUACCAGAGAAUGACUAGAGAUUGACAUAAGAAUUAGUACAGAAUCUGGAUUUGGUUUCAUCACUCAUGCUUUAAUUACAGCAUUUGCAUUGUACUUGUAAUAAUGCAACUUUAAUGCAAAAUCCCACAAAGAAGAAAAAAGUCUGCUUUAGCUAGUUGCUUGUAUAUACAAGGGUUUAGGCAAAAGCUUCAUUAGGAGCAUCUUUGAAGGAUAGUUUUGUUGUAUAUUGCUUGGUGGAUAGAUUUUACAGAACCCUUGAAGCCACUAAUGGAGUCGAAGGUUUUAAAAACUGGUGCAUAAAGGAGAAAAAAACACUUUGCAGACCUCCAAGUAAACACUGAAGGAGGAUUAUAGAAUAACCUUAGCGGAGGAAUAAAGGGAAACGUCGAGAUGGUUCUCGUAGCAUUGAUGUGUGAGCAUGACUCACUGGCUGUGUGCGGGGUGCUGUGUGGGCUGUGUCCUUGUUGCCAGAUCAUUAGCUUUAGCAUCUCUCCAACUGCGUGGAGCUCUCUGAAUGUGAUUCUGUCCAACCUGACGUGUUUACACACCUACAUCUUCUUAAUGAACUAAGCUUCUUACCUUUCUUUUGUUGAUUUUUCUUUUUUCUUAAUGUUACCAAAUUAGUUUUUUUAAAUAACUACAAUAUAGAUAUAUAUCACGCAGCAAUUUUAAUAUAUUGUAAAUGAUGGCUUGGAUGCAAUGUAUUUAUUUGUUUGUUACCAUAAUGAAGAAUAAUCUAUAAAGGGAAGUUUAAGGUUUGGGUAUAUUACACUUUGUUGUAUGUCAUUGGGUUUAGAAAUGCCUGUUUGUUCAUCCUUUUGUAUCACAAUGAAACAACACAAUACCUUUUUACAUCACUAAGAUUCCUCCCGUUUACUGUGAUCAUGAAUUGGACAUCUAACGCAUAUUACACAAAAAAAAGAACUGCCAUGUGAUGCAUUUAGGACAACAUAUUGGUCUCAUGUUUAGGGUGCAAUACUUUUUGCAUUAAUUUUUGUAGCUCUUGUAAAUGUUUUCAACUGAUCAAACCAUUUUGCACACUUAAUGUUCAGGGAUUUAUUUGAACCAUAGCCUAGCAUCAACUCCACAGCCUCUGCCACAGAGGUCUGUCACUUCAUGCUCACAGUACAGUUAGUGCUGACAUAUCGUCAUCGAUCAUGAGAAGGGACGUUGGCUCUGGUCAGAUGGGUCAUGAAUUGAGUUUCACUUUGCCAAAUUUUAGUUAAUUUAGCACCAGUCCUUUAGGAGUAUAAGUCUGUUGUAUUGAGUAAUUCUGUGUUAAUAAUCACUGAAGUGAUGUAUUGAGAAUGUGCUAUUUCUUGUCAUACAAGAAUUGUGUAUAAAUAAACCUAUUUCUGAUGUUGAGCAGAAAACAAAGGUUAUUUUUUAUUUUUAGAGCAAGUCAAUACAAGAGAAGUGUAGAGAAAUCAAAGGAUAUUAUUCUAGAACUGAACUGUGAGGCUCCUUCGGGGGGUUGAUAGAAAAUGUACAUGUCUGUAAAUCAAAUAAACCUAUUUAAUCACUUCA